AUGACAAAAGACACUUACACUGCUGGCAGGGAUGGAAGCUGUGAUAUAAUUUUCAAAAGCGAUAUGUUUACUCAUGGCACACAUAUAAAUGCUGAGACAACUGAUAUGACCUCGCAAGUAUUUAUUCUUGAUCUAAGCACAAACGGAACUUUUGUUAAUGGAAAGAAAAUAGGCAAAGGUGGCAAGCAGCCUCUUUCAAACAAUGACGAGAUUUCAGUCGCUUCACAGAAUUGCAAAUGUUACAUGUAUGCUGAUAAAUUUUCUAGCGAUUAUCCUGAGGCCGUUUCCUCAAAGUACACCGUUUGUCGGUCCCUUGGACGUGGUGCAUGCGGCGAAGUUCGCGUCGUAUACGAACGGAAAACAUGUUUACAGUACGCUUUGAAAAUUGUCCCGAAAAAGACUUUUUCCUCCUUUAACGGUGCAAAUUUAAACAAUCGUGAAUUAACUGAGGUGGAGAUUUUGAUGAAGUUAGAUUAUCCCUGUAUUGUUAAGAUUCAUGACGUGAUCGAAUCCAAUGAUACUCUGUAUAUUGUAUUAGAACUUGUUGAGGGUGGUGAGUUAUUUCAAAGAGUUGUUGAUAGCGGCUUUCUACCUGAAGAUGAUGCUAAAUUCCUCUUCUUACAAAUGCUCAUGGCAACUAAGUAUCUACAUGAUAAUGGAAUAACUCAUCGGGAUCUUAAACCAGAGAAUAUUCUUCUUUCUGGCAAAUCAAACAGGUGUCUAAUAAAGGUCACAGAUUUUGGCCUGUCAAAAAUUGUUAAUGAGAACACGAUGUUGAGGACAUUUUGUGGAACACCUACUUAUCUAGCGCCGGAAAUUUUAACCACUGCUGGAACAGGUUCAUACACCCCUGCGAUCGAUAUUUGGUCUCUUGGUGUUAUUUUAUAUGUCUGCCUCGUGGGUUAUCCUCCAUUCACCGAUGAACGAAAGGACUAUGAUCUCAAAACGCAGAUCAUUCGAGGACUCUAUGAUUUCCCUGAUAAGUUUUGGAGUGGUGUUAGUGAAAGUGCCAAAGAUCUUGUCAGAAAGCUGAUUUGCGAGGCCCUCUUGCAUCCCUGGUUGAAUGAUGCUUCAAUGCGAAAUGAGCUGGCAGAUCUUGUAAAAACGGCCGGCUAUGAUGACUUGGUUGAUGGUGUCUUGGAUCCCCACAAUCUUAUCUCCUGUGUGAGAAAUCGGAAUUCCUCCACUCCUGAAAAUUUAGAUGCUGUGAUGGUUGAGAAUGAUGACACUAUCAAUCAUAUUCCCGAUCCCGUAAGUAUAUCUCAUCUACGUUUUCCUUUAUUUUUUAUUGCUAGUUUUGACAUAUUUUUUGGCGGUUGUACAGCUUACAAUAUACCUUUUAUUUGCGUAAUUUUUUGA